AUGGACCAGAGCGACCACAGCAAAGGGAUGGCCAUGUCGACGGUCUUCGACACCAGCACCGAGAUUACACUCUUCUUCUGCAGUUGGACGACUACCACAACAUCCUCCUACACCAUUACACUCAUCUUCCUCUUCGCCAUGGCGGUGUUCAACCGCUUCCUGGGCGUGCUAAAGUUCCAGCUCGACAUGAAGCACACCGAACCGGUUGAGAGGGAAGUGCCCAAGCUGCAGCUGGCCCCCUCUCGCCGACGAAGACAUGCCAUUCCCAAGGACCGCAUGAGUCCGCUGCCUCAAUACAUGAAGGUCGCCGGAACCGAUCCCGACCACGAGGCGUCUUUCCCGUCGGCUCCGUUCCUGGAAGCGCAUCCAGAACGCACGUGCGAUGGACUCGCCGCCAGCUUGAUUCAGGAGCCACAAAGUCCCCUGGCAGAGCGUCGUUGGGGGAACGUGUACAGACGCUGGAGUUGGCGACGGGAUGGAACGAGCUCGGUGCUUGAGGGACUCCGGGCGCUGGUGGGCUACGCAUUAAUGCUGGAAGUGAUGACGUUCAAUGUUGGGGUGUUCUGCGCGGUGGUCGGAGGCAUUGUAGUGGGCGAACUGUUCUUGGGACGGUAUGCACAGUCCUCAUCAGGGUGGCAGGAUAGCGCGUGUCAUGAUUAG